GUCAUCUUUUUGCCAGCAAAACAUCGUUGGUUCAUGUCGUAUAGCUUAAAAUUAAUUUUCGUAUUUAAAACUAACAAUGAACUUUAUUUAAUAACUAAUAUCACUAGCUCAAAGUAAGACAGAAUUUAAAUAUUCGAGUAGACGAUCGUCACAGUACAAUGUCGUCUACAUUUACUGGAUUCAGUGAAGAAGAUUUGAAGAGGAUCAAAUCCGUGGACACGGAGUCAAACAUCGAAUCAAAAGUCACAACCAACAUCAAAAAGGCCCAAAUAGGUGCAAAGCACAAAAGAACGAAUAAUCAAUACAAAUUGCCUUUACAAAAACAAAGUUCCGAUGAAGCAAUAGAUGUUAUGUUUGAUAAAUGCCGGCUGAGUAUAAAAAACAAACCAAUCACAGAGUACAACAACAAUGACUCAAGCGAUUUAGACAAUAUUAGCACAAGUACCAUUGAUUUGAACAAUGAAGAUGAUGCAUCUGGUGGAGAAGCUAAUGACAAUGAAAAAGAUUCUGAAACUGUAAUGGAAAAUCAUAUAGAUAGUAGGAAAAGCAGUACGGGUGUUACACCGGAUCUGGUGCGGAGUGUGGAUAACUACACGGAGGAUGAGUUGGCGUCGCACGGUGCCAAGUUGGAGGAAUUGCAACUGAAGCAGAAGAUUAUGGAGGAGCAGAAUAAGAAGCGGAAGGAAAUGCUGGCUAAAGCUUUGGCCGACAGGACCAAACAAACGGCAGAAGAAGUAGUAAGACUGGAAAAGAUAAAGAAAGAACUUCAAGUGCUAGACGGACAGUUUUCACAGGAUGUGUCUGUGUUGAGGAAGAAGAUUGACCAGGCGUGUUUGAGUUAUGCAGAGGCAGAAAAACACUACCUAAAAAUAGAAAAGGAGUUCCUCCAAGCGAAAAUCAACCUACAAAAAGAAAAAGAGAAGAAGGAAUUACUGACAGAACACCUCUGUGCACUCAUCACCCACAACGAAACCAGAAAAGCACAGAAACUUGAGACUUUGAUGCUAGAGCUUGCCAGUGACCGGAAAGGGUCCUUGAUUGACCGGAAAGAGUCUGUAAGUGACCUGAACCUCUCACAGACUCCGGAAGACGAUGACAGUGCGAUCAUAGUGGAUGGUGUGUGUGAGAAAACUGGCAAGAUGGUAGAACUUUGAGACAACGAAUUUUCAAACUUAAGUUCACAUUUAUGUGGUCGCCUUUAGCAGCAUAAGAGAUAGUUUUAUUUUAUUUUAUAGGUACAAGUAUUUAUUGCAUUUAAAUUUAAGCAGUACUCAAUGUGGUGCCUUAAUAUAGUUAAAAAACGAAUUGGUCAGUGUACACUAAAAUAUUCACUUUAAGUGAUAAUUUUAAGCUUAAUAUUAAGGAGAUUAAAAUUACUAAUUGUCUAAACAUGACAAUUGUAUUAAUAUACCUAAAAGCAAUACAUAUGCAUAUUGAUACGAUUAAUAGAAUUUAAUAAUAUAUUUUUGUAUGUAAUUGUUAAAAAUAACCAAUAAGGUAUCAAAAUAAAACAACAAUACUCAAA